ACCGGCCCCCUUCCGUCCCUCCACCUUAAUGACAACCCAGCGGACGGCACCAUCGGCGACCCCACACCGGAAAAAGGGAACUAGCAACUUCCGCAUCCACCCCGCCCCAGGCAGAUUCAACCCCUUCCUCGCCGUCCUCUCAAAAGUAGCACUGUAUGUGCCUGUUCUGGACUCUCUAGUGCUCACGAUCGAACUACAGGGCGAUGAAAACGUGAACAUGGCGUAUUACGCCCCUGGUCAAGAAGCAGACUGGUGCGAUGAAGACGAGGGGGACGAAGGGAAGAGACGGGUGUAACAUUCGUUUAAAAUGGGAUAUUGGCGGCCGG